AUGAACUUUCAAAAGAUCCUACGAAUGAUGGAGGGUCGUCCUGGACAUUACCUCGUCACUCUUCGCGCAUUACUAUCGACAAAGAAGAUAGGGAAAGUUAUUGGAAAACAGGGUGCGAAUCAUCGUACGAUUGAAACCGAGUUCAACAUCAAGUUAUAUUUCCACUCUGAGUCUGACGGUUAUGGACGAUUAACUACCUCUGUUGGCUAUCCAAUUCAAACAGCUUGUGCAUGGAGAAAUAUACUCUUCCAAAUAUACGACGAAUCACCUCGUUUUUCAAACAGACUAGAGAUCAAGUUUCUUGUGCCUCUUUCUCUUUCAGUCAAACUACAGAAUCCAUCUUACUCAGUUCUGUCCAAGAAACAGUCAAACCAGUGUGAUUUGGCAGAAAUAGCCAAUGUUAGUGGUGUUGAUUUAAUUCUUCAGCACGAAGCUCUUCCAAACACCACUGAACAGAUUCUUGCCUUUCGUGUUGAAGAUCUUGAUCCAGCUACGCUCGACUCUUUUGAGAUGGCCGUUCGAAUGCUUGCAACCUGCUUUGAGCACUACUCUCACGAUGUAUACUCUCCCGUAAAUCUCUACUAUCUACCGAAUUGUGCAGAAAAUCCUCCCAUACAAUCUCCAGCUUACCAAGAUUUUAUAGAGAAAAAUAAUAUUCGUAAUGAAAUAAGUCACUCAAACGAUGAUUCACAGCUGGAUAUCCAAACAGCCGAUUCAAAACAGUACCACGACCCACCUUUGGUCCAUGAUGAAACAGUUGACUCGUCUAACUUUACUGUAUAA